AUGACACCCCCAACGGAAAAUGACGCGUUGGCGGCUAUACUUUCGCGGCAGACAGAGAUUCUUGAUCGAGUAUCUAUAGCGUCGGGUUUCACGAAUGUAGAUUCUAGAAUCAAAUUGCCAGUUAUCAAGUUGCCGCAUUUUGAUGGCAAAAUCGAAGAAUGGAAACGCUUUUCCGACAGCUUCCGUUCCAUUAUACAUGAAAGGUCUCAGUUAUCCACUAUCGAAAAGUUUCAAUAUUUAACUUCAUCCAUUUCGGGCGAUGCCGCGAAAAUCAUAGAGUCAAUAGAGUUGACGAGUCAGAAUUACGCUGCGGCAUGGGAAUUGCUACAGCAGCGUUAUGACGAUCCGAGAUCAUUAAAGAAAAGGCACAUACAGUGUCUAUUCACAAUGCCUGCGGUAUCGAAAGAGUCGGCGAAGGCUCUGCGGGAACUAAUCGAUUACACUUCUAGACAUCUACGAGUUUUGAAGGUGCUAGGCUCCCCCACGGAGACAUGGGACGAACUCAUCAUGCACAUGUUGGAAGCCAAGUUCGACAUAAGGACACUCAGAGCUUGGGAAGAAGAGAUUAAGUCGAACGAAAACGUCAAGCUAGAUGACAUGCUAAGUUUCUUAAGGAAUAGGUGUCAAACACUAGAGCGAAUUGAGUCCAGAAACGUUGACAAAACAGAAAAGCCCUCCAAGGAAGGUGAGCAACGUGGCAAGGCAAACUCUGCAACAGGGCUAAAAAAUAAAAGGCCGCUCUUGCAACCUCUUUCUCUUCAGUUUUUAGCAUUAUCGGUGGUUGACCGAAUUAAGGAAGUCAAACGUUUGAAGUUGUGUUCAAAUUGCCUGAGAAAUGACCAUUACGUCAAAACAUGCAAGAUGGGGCAUUGUCGAGAAUGUACUCAGAAGCACAACACAUUGUGCCACACGUCUAAGGAGGAUCAGAUAUCUCCGGCCAAGCCAGGUGGAUCGGAAUCUUUAGCCAAGGCUGGUUCCGAGCAGCCGGUCAACAAUGUAUCGGUUCAUCAUUCAUCCAAAAAAUCGAGUAAUCGUCGAGUGCUCUUGGCAACAGCAGUUGUAAAGGGAACCCGCAGCAACGGUUCUAAUAUAAUGCUACGUGCACUGUUAGAUAGUGCUAGCGAAGCCAAUUUUAUUACACAAGCAGCGCACAACCGAUUAGGUUUAAGGCGAAACAACAUUUCAGAAACUGUUACGGGUUUGAAUGGGGUAGAGAACAAAAUCUACAGCAUUUGCGAUGUACACGUCAAGUCAAGGUGUUCUGAAUUUGAAUUCAACACUCAGUUUCUAAUUAUCCCUAGAAUUACUAAAAACCUGCCAUCCGCGGAAAUGGAUUGUCAACGAAUUCAAAUUCCGGGAAAUCUUGAACUGGCAGACCCCGAGUUCUUUAAGAGUAGUCCGAUAGACAUGUUAAUCGGAGCCGAAUACUUUUUUUUGACUUGCUAG